CCUGGUGGCGCGGCCCCGCGGCUUGGCGCGCCUGGGGGCGUCCGAGUGGAAACCUGUCUCCAGCCGCCAGGCAGCCAGCAGAGAGCCCCAGCCAGGGCGGGAGGGGGGAGAUGCGCCUUACCCUUCCCCACAGCGGCAAGCCGCAGCCGUCCUUGAUUAACAAUUAGCUGGUUCCCUAGUCACCCCCGGCAAGCAGUGUCCCAUGCACGCUGACCCACCGCCGGCAGCUCGUUAAGCCGGCAGCUGAGGGCUUCUCCCGCGGUGCUGGCGUGCGGGUCGCUUAAGCCAUGGGGAAUGGGAUGAACAAGAUUCUGCCUGGCUUGUUCGUUGGCAACUUUAAAGAUGCCCGAGAUGUAGAGCAAUUGAGUAAGAAUAACAUUACGCACAUUCUUUCAAUCCAUGACAGUGCUCGCCCUAUGGUCGAGGGAAUGAAGUACCUCUGCAUUCCUGCUGCUGACUCACCCUCACAGAACUUGGCAAGGCAUUUCAGAGAGAGCAUCAAAUUUAUUCAUGAGUGCCGGCUUAGAGGUGAAGGCUGCCUAGUUCAUUGCCUUGCAGGUGUCUCCAGGAGUGUGACAUUAGUGGUUGCCUACAUCAUGACCAUCACAGACUUUGGCUGGGAAGAUGCACUGUCGGUUGUUCGCGCAGCAAGAUCAUGUGCCAAUCCUAACAUGGGCUUCCAGAGGCAGCUACAGGACUUUGAAAAACAUGAUGUUGAUCAGUUCAGGCAGUGGCUGAAAGAAGAAUAUGGGGAAAACUCUUCUCAGGAUCUGCAAGAAGCCAAAAAUCUUCUGACUAAAUAUAAAGAGCAGGCAGAGUUGCAGCAGAGUACUGGAGGAAGACAGUGGAAUAACAACUUCUCAUCUGUGCAGUCUCUCUCAUACAGUAACUACACAACAGAGACCUAAUUGUAGCGGGUUGAUUUUCUUUUCUUUCUACCUUUGAAAAACAUCUUGCCAUAAUUUCCAUCCCAUCUUCAGGACUCUCAGCAGUAAUCCUGCAAACAACUGAUUUGUUGAAAGCUUCUUGAUGAAAAUAUUGCAUUAUGUGUGUGUGUAUGAGUGUGUUUCACACAGUUUUGUAAUAUGGGCAGGAUCAAGCUCUCUGUAUGCCCAGGGACAUGAUCCAGUUACUGUGGCUGAUCCAGUCAGCCAGCCACAGCUAGUAUCUAUCGCCUUAGGCCCACAUUGCCUGGCAUUUGCUGUGAGGUUAGCUCAACUCCUUUCGUUGGAGGGUAGCAAAGGGCUCUGAGAGAUGAAGUCUGGUGAUUCAGGCUGUGACAGUUUGAUGUCUCUGCACUAUUAAUGUGGCAAAGAUAUUAUUGCACCUGGACAACUCAAGUCUGUCUCUGCUGUUCCAGUUCACAGUCCAUUGACAAGUAAUACUGUGGAGGUGGGCUUGAACUUGAAUGCUAGGCUGCAAACUGGAGUAGGUGAGAUAUGGGUACAUGUACCUUUCUACCAACAGUAGCAUCUAGGAGAGAAGUGGGACAGACAGCUCUGACUAAUAACGUCUUCAACUGCCACAGUUGUACUUGCUUCAAUGCACGUGAGACAGAGUUGUUGGUAGAACUGCCACAGACUUAAGAGCACCAAGACUUACCACAGCUCAGCUGAUGUGCAGUGAUUUAAGCCGUAGUCCCUUGAUUGAGCAUCUUGUCUCCCAACAUAAGCUUCUCUGGAGAAUAGUUUAUCUGGUCUCCAGUGCUGCUGAACUUCAUUCCCUGUGGAACACGUGCCUCUUCAACACACGCCCCUGCGCACAUGAUAACGUGUCUCCAAAGAGUGGGCUCGGUGUGAGCACGAGCACCUGUUUUUCUUUGCUUGUGCUGUGGUUUGCUCUUUGACUUCAGCUACCUCAAAAAUGCUGUUCUUGUCAUUGUGGUUGUAAAUGCAACCUUGAAAAUUGCCUUGUGUAAUCUUAAUCUGACACUGAGUGAAGUAAGUGGGUGCGUGUGUGUGCGAGAGUGUGAGUGUGCAUGUAUAUUCCACAAAUGUCUGUAUUUGAGGAGUUCACUGUUUUCUUUCAAAACUGCCCAUAUUUCUGACUGGUUUAAAAAUUGAGUUGUUUGAAUUCAACUUUCUGCCAUGUUAACACCACUAUAUAUUUUGCUGUGAUCAGAUUUGAGGAAUGCAUUUGUAAAAUAUGUGUUAAACUAGGUUAAAACUAGGGGCCAUGCUCUGCUCUUGGCAACAUUGUGUGUUUCUGGAAUAGAGCCAUUGCCUGACUCAAGUGUAUUCUAAGACUGUAAUUUCAAACAUGUCUCCAGGGAUGCUGGACAGCAUAUUGACUUCUGAUGGUGUAAUGGGGGGGUAGCACUGAUGCCAAGACAGUGAUUUCUUGUCUUUGACUCAGAGGUUGGAAGGCCUAUUUUUUUUUUUGAAGAUUUCAGAAAAUAAAAAAGUACUUCCCAAACAGCCAGGAUAGAAAAACAAAACCAAACCCCUCAUUUGUUUAAAUGUGGUGUAUAUCAUGCUAAAACCUAUGCACUGAGCAAGAAGCAGUUGGCACGCUAAAUAGACUGUUGUCUCUUUCAAAUUGUUCAUAUUUUGACCUCCCAUCCCUUCACAAGAUUAGUCUUCAUGUGAUUUCCUGCUUGCUUUGCGUGGCAGUAAAUUCUUUGGGUGGGAGCAAGGCUGUUGGGGUCAAAUAAACUCUGGCUGUUCAGUAUCUGUUGCCAAGUAUGUUCCAAAAAAUGUUAUGGCUUAUGAAAUAUGCAUCUUGCAUAUCAAUAGUUGUCAAAAAGGAAAAAAAAGGGAAUGGGAUGGAACUGACCUGACCAUUUGUUUCAUGUGAGUCCAAGGCCUGCAUCAGGGUUUUCAUUGCACUAACUGCUCUAAGUGUACUGAACACAAGAGCAGGAUAAUCAUGUCUGUGUUGCAGUAAGAGAUGCUAUUACAUUUGGAAAGGUGCUGGAAUUGACUUUGUUUUCAAGCUUGUAGCUAAAUGAAUGAUUACCUACUUAGUAUAUCCAGCAACUGCUCUGUGUUUGCUUGGUAAGAGUAGCCUUUUGCUCUUGAAGAUGUUGAUCUCCAAAUAAUUGGCUGUCCAGGAAUUCCAGCACAGCAGUGCCCAUGUUGGCAGUCACCUCUGUGCUCUGAGGGCUGAUGUAGUAAUUGGAAAUGACUUUGCUCGGUAACAGGGUCUGACAUGUGUUGAUGAUUCUAGUCCAUUUGUUCAACCCUCUACUCAUAAUAGGAUAUGUAGUGCAACUGCAGCCUGUCCCCAGAGGGCAGCUUUGCCAGAAGCAUUCUGCUUGUGCUCUUGCAGGUAUCUAGUCAGUCCAUUCUGUAGCUGACUGACAACACUGUGUAUUCCAUAACGCUUGUGGCACUCUUGUCCUUGCAGUAGUAAGCUUUGUGAGUGCUGGUAGGUUGGCAAUUGUUUUUUUCUGUUGCGACAAAUGCAAGGUAGAAUGGGAGACAUCUGUUAAUGUUUGUGUGUCUGAUUAUUCUGCACCAGAUUUUUUAAAAUAGCUUGGUUAUUCCCAAAGAAUCAGUCUCACAAACAGAAUUUUUUUAGAGCUGAAUUUGGCUUUAGGGCCAUAUAGCCACAUCUGUGUAUAUUAUGCUGCAGCUUGAAAGCCGAUACAGGGUAAAGAAGGAGGAUGGAGGGAGUGCCAUAUUGUCAGUAAGUGGAAGCGCUCCUCUCUUUUCAAAAGACAGAAGAGGCCUUUUUUGUACUCUCUUGCUCACUAUUUAGUGGUUUAUGUACUGCAUACUGCAUUUAAGAGUGGUAAAAGAGCAAGAGCAGUCUAAGAAAAUUUGAAUCUGGUUUGUCCAUGUGGAGCAAAAUGAUAGUUCACACCUUUAUUAGCACAAGGUGCAGAAAGGAGAGUAGCUACAGUUCCCACCUUGGCCUGUUAGAAAGGGAGAGGAGCUAACACAAACUGAGAACAUGACAUGAUUUGUCUUCCAACUAGUCUUUCAGUGGCAGUUUGUAGGACAUUUCCAGCUAUCUGGAACAUGACUAGACCCCAUCCAUCUCGUAGUAGUUGGCCUUUGUCGUGUAGAUGAUACAUUGUUUUGUUUAUGUACUUCAAAACACUGUCCUCAUUUUAUUGUUCACUGGAAAAUAUAUAAAGUUUAUAACACCUUAUUGAAUAUCCAGGUUUUAAAUGUAAAAGUGAUUUUUGGGGGGCUAAACUUGAUAUCCACGUGUGAUUACAAGCAAAUGUUUAGUGUUAUAGGAUGUAGGUAACAGGUUAAAUGCAUUAGUAUUUAUUACCCUGAUUUUUAACCUGGAAAGAGUUGCUUCCUUACUUUUUGUGGUUGAGUCUGAAGAUUUGGCAAAUCAUAUCUCUGCUUUUUAAGAAGGACACUGGUUGCUGUAGUGGCCACUGCCUGUAAAGAAGUCAGUGAAAAAUUACAGUAAUUAAUUCAGCUGGUCUAAGAACUCUCAACCUGGUAAGCUUCUUGAUUCUCUGUCUUCCUGGGCAUCUUCGCGAAGCCUUGAUUGCUUUUUCCAAAUGUUUGUAUUUAAUACGUUAUACAAUUUUUUUAUAAAUAAAAUUAAAUGUUAACAGCUGA